CGCAUGUUCAGUGGCGGAGACCGGCUCUGUGCGUGCGCGGGCGGCGCCUCGGCCUCCGAGAGCCCUGGGCCGCGCGGGGUCGCGCGGGCAUGGCGGCCUCUCUGUGGAUGGGGGACCUGGAACCCUACAUGGACGAGAACUUUAUCUCGAGAGCCUUUGCCACCAUGGGAGAGACUGUGCUGAGUGUGAAAAUCAUCCGCAACCGCCUCACUGGGAUCCCUGCUGGCUACUGCUUUGUGGAGUUUGCCGAUCUGGCCACUGCUGAGAAGUGUUUGCAUAAAAUAAAUGGAAAACCCCUCCCCGGAGCCACACCAGCAAAACGCUUUAAACUGAACUACGCCACUUAUGGGAAACAACCCGAUAACAGCCCUGAGUAUUCGCUCUUUGUGAGGGACCUCAGCCCAGACGUGGAUGAUGGCAUGCUCUACGAAUUCUUUGUUAAAGUUUACCCCUCGUGUCGAGGAGGCAAGGUGGUCCUGGACCAGGCAGGAAUCUCUAAGGGUUAUGGUUUCGUGAAAUUCACAGACGAGCUGGAACAGAAACGGGCCCUGACUGAGUGCCAAGGGGCAGUGGGGCUGGGCUCGAAGCCAGUGCGCCUGAGCGUGGCUAUUCCCAAAGCGAACAGAGUGAAGCCUCUGGAGUACAGCCAGAUGUACAGCUACAGCCUCAACCAGUAUUACCAGCAGUACCAGAACUACUACGCACAGUGGGGCUAUGACCAGAACACCGGCAGCUACAGCUACAGCUAUCCCCAGUACGGCUACACCCAGAGCACCAUGCAGACAUACGAAGAAGUUGGUGAUGAUGCAUUGGAAGACCCAACACCCCAGCUGGACGUGAAUGAGGCCAACAGGGAGUUCAUGGAGCAGAGUGAAGAGCUCUAUGAUGCCAUGAUGAACUGUCACUGGCAGCCUUUGGACACUGUGUCAUCAGAGAUCCCUCCCGUGAUGUAGCCUGGCUGAGCCCACAGCUCAGCACUUCUGCAAGGACUAUGGGAAGAGGAGGGCCAUGAGGAACAUUGAAAACUUUUAACCUUUUUGAAAUGUAAUUUAUAUAGUUUUUAAUAAUUAAAUAUUUCCUUAAAUAGCAUAUACUCCAAUUGUUUGGGGAACAAAUGAGGCCUUCCAGUCUUCUUCCAUGAAAGGGACUCCCUUUCAAAAUGGUUUGUGGCAAGCCUGCAGCCCCAUCUCAGUAAAGGCUUAGCCACUUACUGGGAAAAGGACUAGUCUCAAAGCCUUUAGAAAAAAAGCUUGUCUUCGAGCUUUCCUCUGGUAUAAGCAUAUGUUGCAACAUAUGGAUCCAGCUCUUUGAAAGUUAACUUUAUGGAGUAAUAAUCUGUGUGGCAACAUUAGCUAGUUCAGGAAUUAUUUGGAAAGGGCUUUACAACAGAUUCCAAGGAGCCCCGCAACAUUGUUGGGUAUGAGAGUUUGGAUUCUUGUCCAGUAACAAAGUUUCCAGUAUAGGGGUAAUGACAGGCCUAAAAUCACCUCAGUUUUCACACAGAAAAAAAGUUAAUCACAAAUAAUUCAAUUUGUAUUUAUACAUUUUUUAUUGAUAGUUUUUCCCAGUGUUUUCCUUCAUGUAACAAAAAACUAGUAAUACAUAGAAGAAUAGUGAUACAUGUUGCCCUGCACCAUGCUUAUGCAAUGCCCCAUACCCAGAUAAUUGAAAACCAAAGUGAUUUGCUUCAGCUUUUUCUGAAAGAACUCGCCAAAUAUCUUGUAGAGGUCCAGCAGGUGGCUUCUG